GUUGUUUUGUAAUUUUUUCUUUUCUUUUUUCUUGCAUAGGACAUGGUGGCACAAAAAAACACAGCUGCAAGGCCAGUUAAAAUAGGAUUCCCAUGGGUCCAGUUGCCUCCCGAGUACAGGGGCUCCGGCCUAAGAAACAAAGCCUCCAGCGGGAACUACUAUUUCAUCCCCUACUUGAUGAUGCCCAACAACGAGUACUUGUGCUGUGAGAACGUGGCCCAGCGUAGAGCAUCGGAGUACAUGCAACCCAACUGGGACAACCUUCUUGGACCUCUGUGCGUCCCAUUGGUUGACCGCUUCGUCAGCUUGCUCAAAGACAUUCAUGUCACGUCUUGUGCUUCAUACAAAGACACCCUACUGAACGACAUCCGAAAAGCUCGAGAUAAAUACCAGGGUGAGGAGCUGGCCAAGGAGCUUUCCCGUAUCAAACUCCGCAUCGACAACACUGAGGUUUUGACUCAGGACAUUGUUAUGAACCUGCUUUUCUCCUACAGAGAUAUACAGGACUAUGAUGCUAUGGUUAAAUUGGUACAGACCAUUGAGAUGUUGCCCACCUGUGACUUGGCCAACCAGCCCAUGAUUCAGUUCCACUAUGCUUUUGCGCUCAAUAGGCGAAAUAGCCCUGGAGAUCGAGAGCAGGCAUUGCGUGUGAUGUUGCAGGUUCUUCAGUCAUGUGAUCACCCCGCACCUGACAUGUUCUGCUUGUGUGGCCGCAUCUAUAAGGACAUCUUCCUCGACUCUGACUGCAAGGACACCAAGAACAGGGACAACGCCAUCCAGUGGUAUAGAAAGGGCUUCGAGUUGCAGCCCACUCUCUAUUCUGGCAUUAAUCUGGCAGUGCUGCUUAUAGUGUCCGGGCAGCAGUUUGAGACUUCCAUAGAACUCAGGAAGAUCGGUGUGAGGUUGAACAGUCUGCUCGGACGUAAAGGCAGUCUGGAGAAGAUGAAUAACUACUGGGACGUGGGGCAGUUCUUUACUGUCAGCAUGCUGGCCAAUGACAUCCCCAAAGCUGUGCAGGCUUCAGAGAAACUCUUCAAACUUAAACCACCCAUAUGGUACCUGCGAUCAGUCGUCCAAAACCUUCAGUUGAUUCAGCAUUUUAAGAAGCAGAGCACUGAGCAUUCUCCUCAAAGAGAGAGACUCAACUUCUGGAUGGACAUUAUUGUGGAGGCCACACAAGGAAGCACCAACGGCCUGCGUUUUCCGGUGUUGAUUCUGGAGCCGACUAAAGUGUACCAGCCCUCGUACGUGUCCAUUAACAGUGAAGCUGAAGAGAAGAAUGUUUCUAUAUGGCAUGUGUCGCCUGCUGAGACGAAGGGAAUACAUGAGUGGAACUUCACAGCAUCAUCCAUCAAAGGGAUUAGCAUCUCAAAAUUCGAUGAGCGCUGCUGCUUUUUGUAUGUCCAUGACAACUCGGACGACUUCCAGAUCUACUUCUCCACAGAGAACCAGUGUGGCAGGUUCUGCUCCAUGGUGAAGGAGUUGAUCACAGACGGAUCAGGAAAUGCUGUCGAGCUGGAGGGGGAGGGAGAAGGAGACACCCUGGAGUACGAGUACGACUACAAUGAGAAUGGCGACAGGGUGGUUUUAGGUAGGGGAACUUAUGGAGUGGUCUACGCAGGGAGAGACCUGAGUAACCAGGUGCGCAUUGCCAUCAAAGAGAUCCCAGAGAGAGACAGCAGGUAUUCCCAACCACUGCAUGAGGAAAUAGCCCUCCACAAGUACCUGAAACACAGGAACAUUGUUCAGUACCUGGGCUCGGUGUCAGAGGACGGAUAUAUCAAGAUCUUCAUGGAACAGGUCCCUGGAGGAAGUCUGUCAGCAUUGUUGCGUUCAAAGUGGGGCCCUCUGAAAGAAGCCACCAUAAUCUUCUACACUCGGCAGAUCUUGGAAGGACUUCGUUAUUUGCAUGAGAACCAGAUUGUUCAUCGGGACAUCAAGGGAGACAAUGUCUUAGUCAACACCUACAGUGGCGUGUUGAAAAUCUCAGACUUCGGCACGUCCAAGAGGCUGGCUGGAGUCAAUCCCUGCACAGAGACGUUCACUGGUACGUUACAGUAUAUGGCCCCUGAGAUCAUCGAUAAAGGCCCUCGAGGUUACGGGGCACCUGCUGAUAUCUGGUCCCUGGGCUGCACCAUCAUAGAGAUGGCCACAGGCAAACCUCCUUUCCAUGAGCUGGGAGAACCACAGGCUGCCAUGUUUAAGGUGGGCAUGUUUAAGAUCCAUCCAGAGAUCCCAGAGUCUCUUUCGUCAGAGGCCAAAUCCUUCAUUCUUGCAUGCUUUGAGCCUGACCCGAAUAAACGAGCAACGGGCGGGGACCUGCUCAAGGAUCCAUUCCUGCGUCAAAACAUUAAAGGCAAAAAGAACAAGAUCGCUUUCAAACCUUCAGUGUGGCAAGACUACAUCCGCAGUGUUUCAUUACCAGUACAGCUGCAGAUGGAGGCCGCAGGGAGCAGCAGCAGUGAACCAGGCUCUGUGUCUCCCGACUGUGACUCCAAACAAGACGUGUUCUUUGAGAAGAAAAAACGCUCUAGCUCAGAGAACCUCAUCAAACCACCCAACUCAAACUUCCUCAGUGUUCCAGAUGAGAGUCCUACAGCAGAAGACCGCAGCUCUCCGGCCUCCUCUGAGAACAGCGACUCUGGCCUCUUCCUGCUGAAGAAAGACAGUGAAAGACGUGCCAUACUCUACAAGGUCCUCAAUGAGGACCAGGAUAAGGUGACGUCCAACCUCAUGGAGAACCACAUCCAGGGUCAGGAGGAGCUGAAGUUGUCAGUGGACCACAUUAAACAGAUCAUCUGCAUCUUACGGGACUUUAUACGUUGCCCUGAGCGACGUGUCAUGGCAAUGACUAUCUCAAAACUCAAGCUGGACCUGGACUUCGACAGCACAUCAAUCAACCAGAUCCAGCUGGUUCUGUUUGGUUUCCAGGACUCUGUAAACAAAGUGUUGAGGAACCACCACAUUAAACCACACUGGAUGUUUGCCAUGGACAACAUCAUCAGACGGGCUGUACAGGCAGCUAUUACGAUUUUAAUUCCAGAGCUACAGACGCAUUUCGGGCCUGCAUCGGAAAGUGAGGGUGCAGAUAAGGACGCAGAUGAAGAGGAUGAUGGGGACUUUGGAUCAGUGGCACGUACGACCCAGGAAGAUCAAGCCCUCACGUCUGGAGUCAGCACCCUCAGUUCAGUCAUAUCCCAUGAGGCUCAGCGGCCACAGCACCCGCUGGGAGCCCAGCUUGGACGCCUCAAACAGGAAACCAGCAGGCUGCUUGAAGAACUGGUACAGAAGGAGAGAGAAUAUCAGCAGGUACUGAGACAAACUCUACAACAGCGGGUACACGACAUUGAGCUUAUCAGGAUCAGACAACAGCCUUCUGCAGAGAUGCCCUCAACCCCCUCUAUAUUUCACAUUGCCGCACAUCCCGAGCCUGACAAGAAGCUCACUGAUUGGCUGAAGGAGCAGGGUGCCGACUCUGACACCAUAGACAAGAAACUGAAGAUUCAUGCCAAGUUAUUGUGGUUUCUGUCUGUGUCUGACAAGUUUGUUGAAGAAGAUUUUACGCUCAACGACGUUCUUUGCGAUGUUACAAAAGAAGACCUGCGCUGCCUGAGGCUUAGGGGAGGAGCGCUGUGUCGUAUCUGGAAAGCCAUUCAGAGACACCGUAAUAAAGCGCUUAAAAUGACGAGGGAAAUUCAGAAGGAUGAAAGCAGCGAGAGGUUGCUGUUGACUGACACCUGAGCCAGCAUUAUAAUACAUUCACACAAACAUCCCUAUAAUGAGAGACCCUUACUGGCCCAAACCUUGUAAUUAUGUCAUGCUCUGCCCCAGUUGGACAGCUAUGACCUAAUGUUUUUGUGCUAUUUUUAGUAUAGGUUUUCAGCCUCUCCAUCUCAUUUCCAUUCGAUUUCAAUAGGAAAAGCAAUGAGGAUGUAAACGGCUCUAUCUAGGAAAGACUGCACUUUCCGAUUUUUUACACUGCCAGGACAAGAGGGGUCAUGUGACCCUCUCCAAGUGACUUGGGAAUGGGCCUAGGAUGGCAGAGCAAAACAGUGUUACCUACUUAACGUAGGACUUCAGAUCAUGCCAUUUUAAAUGAGAGAAAAUCUAUGUUUAUAUUUGUUUUAGCUUAACAAGUCUGGAAAAUGUAUUAUUCAAAAAUAAAACAUUAUGUAUGUUUUUUU